AGAGAGAGACGGAGAGAGAGAGAGAGAGAGAGGCACACAGGAGGCGGCUCCGCUGGGGGUUGAAGUGUGAAGUGUGUGCAGCGUGCACUACUUCCUGCCGCAGGUAGGAGCUGUCACAGAGCUCUAGAGCGCAGUGAGAGCUGGAAGCUCUGAAGCGUCUCACGCUCUCACCGAGGAGCCUCGCAUCACGCCUCUGCCAUGGAGAAGUGUUGUUCGGACUGUCCGGAGCCCAGAGUGGCCCAGAGUUUGUGCACCUUUUGCAACAAGUGGCUGUGUUUCCAGUGCACAGACCUGCACCAGCACGACAGAGCUUCGGCUCAGGCCUCAGAGUCCCGCCUCCACCAGACAGCCAGCAGCCCACCAGUGGCGCCUGAAACAGGUUCAGCUUGUUGCGGGCAUGCUGUCGUCAUGUGUCCAAUCCAUAAGCAGGAGCCUCUGGAACUCUUCUGUGAGACGUGUGACCUCAUGGCCUGCAGCAUCUGUCAUCUGUCUUCCCACAAGGACCACCGGUUGGUUCACGUCAACAAGGCUUUACAGGAUCAGCGAUGGCUCCUGGAGAAUCUGAUGGCUCGGGUAGAGGAGAAAAGAUCAGCUGUGGAGAACACAGCCAAGCAGAUCCAGGGCAGACUUCAUGGCGUAAAGAUCACACAGAGGAAGGCAGAGAACCAGAUUAAAAUGGCCAAGAUGAUUAUGAUGAAUGAGCUGAACAAACGGGCCAACCUAUUAAUAGAGCAACUGGAGAGUAUCUCCAGUGGCUUUAAGCAGCGCCUGGAGGACCAAUUACAGGGGGCGAUAGAGCUGUGCAGUCAGCUGGAGCACAUACAGAACUUCAUCACCUGGGCAGUGGCCCAUCACAGGAGGAACCCACUGCUGUUCAGCAAAGAGCUGAUUGCUCUUCAAAUGCAGCAAUUACUGGAGCCUCUGAUACACUCAGAAGCCUGGGCCCCUUUGAAAAUUAAGUUCAACUGGGAUGCCAGCUUCUGGACCAAGCAGAUCUCCACUCUUGGUCAGCUCAGCGUUGAGGGCGGAAGCCGUUCAUACUCCGAGGGCAUGGGCCGACCCAGUAUCCUGAGGCCGCAGCCCGUGGCCUGCAUGGCCAUGUCCACCCUGUGCCAUUCGGUCCGAGAGCCAGACUGUGCCUACCAGGCCUUUUGCCAGCCUCAGCUCUGCUGCCUCCACUGCAGACCAGCCCAGUCUGUACAGCUGGAAAAAUACCCAGCGCCGCUGGACAAGUACUCGGUCCAGUGCCCCCAGCAACCCAGUUGCAAUUCUCCUCCGAGACUCCAGAGGCGCUGGGAGCCUGAGAGCACAGCCUUGCAGCCCCAGUCUACGGUGCAUUCUUCUCAGCGGCCUACGCCACCCCCCUGUGCCCUCCGACAGCCUUCUAGGUCCAACCACCAGCCGCAGAACGAGCAGCUAUCUGCAGUCACCGACCAGGCUGCUGUGGACAACAGAGCGUCCACGUUUGGUCAGUCACCCCGCAGCCGAAAACAGGUGUCCAAGGACCUCGAAUCCAUUCUACACAAACAACAGCAACAAGAUCAGCCUCCAGCACAGCCAAGCGCAGAGUCCAACCCUACACCAGCACCAGAGCAGCAGUCUCUCACAAACUGUCAAGAUGAAGAGAGUUCCCCGGGGUCGGACGUUCACAUGCUGGCUGGAGGAUGUGCCGCUGAUGCUCAGAGCCAGGCCAGUCCAGAGAUGAGGACCAGAUCCAGCAGCGUCCCAGCAGAGCUAAGCUCACCAUGUGAUGGCCCUUCUGAAGCCAGGCCUUCUGGGGAUGCCCACUGUCUAGCAACGGUGACUGGGGAGCAGAGAUGCACAGCACAACAGAAGGACUGUGCACAGCCCAAAGCAAGAAGGCCACGGUCAGAUAGCGGAGUAGUGCAAGCCCAUCCGCACAGCGGUAACGGUUCUUCUCUGACCACCUACAAGACGGAGCCAGAUAAUGUCUACGCGUAUGCCUAUGAAAAUACAGGCUUAAAAUCUAGGACAAAAUGCAGGAUGUCGAGAGAAGUUCAGGAAACCAGCAGAGAAGCUCCAGAGGGUUCUAAGGUCCCAGUUGUGUGCCUGGAGCGACUGAAGAUCCUGGUGUCUAAAUGCCCACCACAGGGACAUCAGAAGAUCGGUUCUCCCACUGAAUCAGGCCUGAAGUCUGAAGGGGCUGUCCCUCAGGAGCUACAGAAAGAACUUCCCACUGAGGAGGUGUCCAGUGCAGAACCAGUCGAUGGACCAGAGGAUGUUGUACUACCUAGGCAGCCACCACAAGCAGAGAAUCUGCAAUGCAGUACUUCUCCUGGCACGUCAGAGCUACAAGUGCAGGAGCUGUGUAACCAGGACAAGGACAAGGAUUGCACAGAGGCAAACGUUCCCCCUGUCCAAUCCAGUGAUGCAGAACCUUCCCCACAGCCUGAAUCUGAAGAAGAACAUACUUCAGACCACAAUUUAUCUGAACCCAGAUCGGUGCCACUGUCUGAGUCACAUCUGGAAUCCACGACAGAGGCUGAAUUUGCCUCGGAGGCAGAAGUUGAAUCGGAACUCCAAGUGGAAUCGGAUCCGAGCGUUGAAUCGGAACCACAAGUUGAAUCAGACUUGGAACCACACGUGGAGUCUGACUUGGAGUCAGAGCAGCCCCCUGAUUUGGAGCUCUCGGCAGACUCUGAACCGGAGCUGGAAUCAGAACCUGAUUCCACAGCAGAAGUGACUCUGAAUCUCGAACAGGACUGUGAAUGGGAGGCGGAGCAGCAAGUCGCUCCUGACUCAAAUGCAGGGUCUGACGUGGCCACAGUAGAUCAGGCUGCAGAGGAACCCGUAGAGAUGGAGAACGAGGAUUUCUGCGCUGUCUGCCUCAUCGGAGGGGACCUGCUAUGCUGUGACCGUUGCCCCAAGGUCUUCCACCUGGCCUGCCAUGUGCCUUCUCUCCUCAGCUUUCCCACAGGUGACUGGGUGUGCACUCUGUGCAGAGAUGUGCAGCAGCCGGAGGUAAACUAUGACUGCGAGGAUGUUCGACUGCCCACAGCCAUCGCGCCAUCUGGACUGUCUGCAUGUGACCAGAGGAAAUGUGAGAAGCUAACUCUGCUUAUCUACAGCAACAUUCUCAGCGCUCCUUUCCAUGAGCCUGUCAGCCCACUGGCCCGUCAUUAUUAUCAGAUCAUCAAGAGGCCCAUGGACUUAUCUGUUAUCCGAAGCAGGCUCAACAAAAGCAGCCCGUCACACUACAACUCCCCCAGCGAGUUCGUGGCUGACGUCCUACUGAUGUUUAAAAACUGUGCCAAGUUCAACUACCCGGAUUCUGAAGUGGCUCAGGCGGGCCACAGUCUGCAGGCCUUCUUCUGUUCUAAGCUGAGUGAGGUGUUCCCAGAGCUGAGCUGCACUGCUCCUGAGGACGACUCGGACAGCGAUGAGUACGAGGAGGCUGAGCGGGCAGCCGCGGCCGGCUUUCCUUGGCCCGAGAGGAGAGAGCAGAGCCACAGGAAGAGGAAGAGGAGGCACUCGCUCAACUGGAGGAGGCACCACUAUUAGCUCUGCCUUACAGAAUGGACAGAAAAGACUUUCCUUUUAUACACCAUAGAGCUCCAAGGUGACUUUUUUAAAAAGGCUAUUCCUCUAGCUUUUGUAAACAAAUCAGUCAUCUUAUGCUGUUACAUAUUGCCUAACUGGAAGUUGGUCUUUGGAAUAUAAGCCGAGUUUUAGCUUAAUCUUUAUGCUAUGCUGUUCCACACUAGUAUGUACUUUAUGUCAGUGCAUAUAGAGCUUUUAUUUGGAGUUGUUUUUGAUAACUGACUGGUUGCUGGCGACUGCUAUUGAGUAGACAUAGACGAGCAAUGUUGAUUGGUAAUAUGAUAUUAUAUAUUUAUUAUAGAGAAUGUGAUAUUGUAUGGUUUUGUAUGCUUUAUAUGCCAUAUAUGUAAUAAUGAGGUAUUACUCCAGCUUUGUUUUUUUUUUAUUGUACUAACUCAAUCGACCUGUAGAGGGAGCUCUUUGUAUAGCCUUAAAAACAAAAAAUCAGUUCACAUUGGACAUAAAGAGAUGUUGAAUCGAUUUAACUAUUUAUGAGGCGAAAUAUUACUCCUAUUCCGGAGAGAAGUGGAUUCUAAUUGGAUGUUGCUAGGUUACCCUCAUAUAUUUUACAGAUAUGUCUUUUCAUUUAGUAGCAGUUCUAAAAUAUUCAAGCAGUUCUUUCUCAGGUGGAACGGAAGGAGCGGAAACUUUAGUGUGGCGUCUCCCUCCACGUAAUUCAGUGACAGGGUACGUGAGAAAUGAAAUAUAGAUACAUCAACUUUGUAAUACUGCUCAUUCAUACCUGCUAAUCCUGCUGUGUAGAAUAUAUUUCUCCCAUAAUCAUAUACGCUAUAAUUAGUUGGAUUGUUGCAAUGUAUUCAAACUAAAAUAUAUCUAGACUUGAAUAUGCAGUUCAGCUCAUUUUGUUUCUUCCUACCUUUCAGAUCCCACUUUACAAAUCAUUCUAAUGGUCCAUAGUUAUGAAAGAUUAUAGUGCUCCAGUUUAGGUUGCUUAUUCUGUAAUAUUGUUCGUGCAAAGGCUGAACUCACAAGUGUUUGACGCUUAUUUCCAACAAAACAGUACCUUUUUGUUUUUAUGUCUGCUGUCUGUUCUGUAUAAAUUGUGCAAACAAUCCAUGGUACAUUGUUGAAAAACUGCCAAAUAAUUUUCAGAUGUGAA